UAUCUCACGCGUGGCUGACACAAACUCCAAAAUCGUUCCAUGUUUUCUGAUAGUUGCAUCACUCAACAUUAUUAAACCCGGCAUUGCCAAAAAUCCUUUGAAGAAACUUCUGCUUUUAUCGGUUCCCACACUCGGAAAUGGCUGAUUUUGACGCUGCGAAAGGUGCCGUUGAUCCCGAGCUGCAGGACUUCCUGAUGGCCGAGAAGCAGAAGGCACAGCUCAGUGCACAGAUCCACGAAUUUAACGACAUUUGCUGGGAUAAAUGCAUGGACAAGCCCGGAAGUAAAUUGGACAGCCGCACCGAGACCUGCUUGAAUAAUUGCGUCAAUCGAUUUAUCGACACAUCGCUUUUCAUCACGACGCGAUUCGCACAGACACUGCAGAAAAGCCAAUCUGGGAUGUGAGCCGUUAUAGUUUAACAUGCGACCGGAUGCUGAUGGCGGGUGGACUGUAUUUAAACAUUUAAAACUUAUUCUUAGGUGCAAAUAGAACCGUUUAUCAAUGUGUUCAGGAAUAAAUAUUUGUUAGACAUGGAUAUAAA